AUGUCAAUCGAAAUCGUCCCUUUGACCAAGGCCGACAUACCAGCGGCCGUAGAGUGUGUCCAGAAAGCUUUUUCCGAUGACCCCUACUUCCGAUGGGCAUUCAAUGACCCUUCUAAGUUCAAUAUCCAGCGAAACGCGGCCUCCUUGGCGGCACACUUUCAGUAUGGCCUCAGUUGUGACUGCCCCAUUUCGGUCGCCAAAGUGAGCCACUCUUCCAGCGACCAGAAAGUUGACCAAGACUUUAAGCUACCUCCAGGCAGCGUGGUCGGCGUAGGUUGGUGGUACUCGCCUCAGGCGGCAUGUGAAUCUCAGACUUGGUCUACCUGGGCGCAGGAGUGGCUUCUCUCAUUCAGACAGCUCUUGAAUAAUAUUCGUUUCCUGGGCCGGGGCGGCCUGAACGUCCCUCGAUACAUGAUCUGGAAGCAGGUGCAACAGGAUGCACAUAACACCCUCUGGACAAACCCUCGCGGUUAUUACUUCUGCAACAUGGUGGGUGUCAGUUCCCAGGCCCGUGGAAUGGGUGUAGGGAAACGCCUGAUGGAAAGUGUCAUGGAGAAGGCCGAUCAGGAAGGUAUUUCAUGUUACCUGGAAAGUUCCAAAGGCCACCCUAAUAUUACGAUUUAUGAGAAGAUGGGGUUCGAGCUGAUCAAAGAGAUCGAAUGUGCCGAGGGUGGAGACGUCUGCAAGGUAGGUGAACCCCAGCUCAAUCUUUUGAACGAUGACUGA